UCUGAAAACUGGUUUUUUAAAAUGGAAGCCAGACUAUGACAGUGCCGCUUCUGAAUAUGGAAAAGCAGCUGUUGCUUUUAAAAAUGCCAAACAAUUUGAGCAAGCAAAAGAUGCCUGUCUACGGGAAGCUGUUGCCCAUGAAAAUAACAGGGCCCUUUUUCAUGCUGCCAAAGCUUAUGAGCAAGCUGGCAUGAUGUUGAAGGAGAUGCAGAAACUGCCUGAGGCCGUCCAGCUGAUCGAGAAAGCCAGCAUGAUGUACCUGGAGAAUGGCACCCCAGAUACAGCAGCUAUGGCCUUGGAGCGUUCUGGAAAGCUCAUAGAAAAUGUAGAUCCAGAAAAGGCUGUACAGUUGUAUCAGCAGACAGCUAAUGUGUUUGAAAAUGAGGAACGCCUCCGGCAGGCAGUUGAACUUCUAGGAAAGGCCUCCAGACUGCUAGUACGAGGACGAAGGUUUGAUGAGGCUGCACUGUCUAUACAGAAAGAAAAAAAUAUUUAUAAGGAGAUUGAAAAUUACCCAACUUGUUAUAAGAAAACGAUUGCUCAGGUCUUGGUUCAUCUACACAGAAAUGAUUAUGUGGCUGCAGAGAGGUGUGUCAGGGAGAGCUAUAGCAUACCAGGGUUUAAUGGCAGUGAAGACUGUGCUGCGCUUGAACAGCUCCUGGAGGGAUAUGACCAGCAAGACCAAGAUCAAGUGUCAGAGGUCUGCAACUCACCCCUUUUCAAAUACAUGGACAAUGACUAUGCUAAGCUGGGCCUAAGCUUAGUGGUCCCGGGCGGGGGAAUCAAGAAGAAAUCACCAGCAACACCCCAGGCCAAACCUGAUGGAGCUGCCAGCACAACUGCUGAGGAGGAGGAAGACGAGUAUUCAGGAGGCCUAUGCUAGUACCCUGCCUGCAGAGGAGAUGAGAAGAUGGAAAUCCUGGCAAGCCAUCUUCAUGGGAUUAGGACUCAUCUGUGCCCACUCUGUGUCAUCUCUGUGUCAUGGAGAUUAUGAUGUUGACUGUUGAUAUAUGUCGAGUUUAGUUUGCCAUCUCCCCAACUCAGCCAUUGUAUCUACUACCUGUGAAUCACUGUCCUUUCCAAUGUAAGAGUGGAAAUGAGCAGAAAAUACAGUCCUAUUUUAAUAAUUGAUUCUCAAAUCUAUAGGCAAAUUAUAUCAUAA